AGCCGGUGGGGGGGUGCCCGGCGCUGGCCGGCCUCGGCCUGGCCCUCCGCACCGAGGUUUGCCCACUCCCACCCCGAGACCGCGGGGCUUCCUACGUACGGAGCCGAGGCCUGGAUAAUUCGGAUAAUUUGGCACGAGGCACAUUUUGGUCGUUUGCCAUUUUUGACUUUGGAUUGUGUUUGCGUUACUUCUGCGUUUGCAAGUUGGAUACAUCGCAGAAAGAAGGUGGCAGGGAGACGUAUGUGCAGAAACUUGAAAUAGAGGCAUUCUAUCGGCAAGCUUGGUGGAGCUGAUCAGAAUAAUGUUCAACAUCAACCCCCUGGAGAACCUGAAGGUGUACAUCAGCAGUCGGCCUCCCCUGGUGGUCUUUAUGAUCAGUGUGAGUGCCAUGGCAAUAGCUUUCUUGACCCUGGGCUAUUUCUUCAAAAUCAAGGAGAUUAAAUCACCAGAAAUGGCAGAGGAUUGGAAUACUUUUCUGCUACGAUUUAAUGAUUUGGACUUGUGUGUAUCAGAGAAUGAAACAUUAAAGCAUCUCACGAAUGACACCACUACUCCGGAAAGCACAAUGACCAGCGGGCAGGCCAGAGCGUCCACACAGUCCCCCCAGGCCCUGGAGGAUUCAGGCCCAGUUAACAUCUCAGUUGCCAUCACCCUGACCUUGGAUCCACUGAAACCCUUCGGAGGGUACUCUCGCAACGUCACUCAUCUGUACUCAACCAUUUUAGGGCAUCAGAUUGGACUCUCAGGCCGAGAAGCCCACGAGGAGAUAAACAUCACUUUUACCCUGCCUGCCGCCUGGAGCUCGGAUGACUGUGCUCUCCAUGGUCACUGUGAGCAGGUGGUGUUCACGGCCUGUAUGACCCUCACGGCCACCCCUGGUGUGUUCCCUGUCACCGUGCAGCCACCGCACUGUGUUCCCGACACAUACAGCAACGCCACGCUCUGGUACAAGAUCUUCACAACUGCCAGAGAUGCCAACACGAAAUACGCUCAAGAUUACAAUCCUUUCUGGUGUUAUAAAGGGGCCAUUGGAAAAGUCUAUCAUGCUUUAAAUCCCAAGCUUACAGUUAUCGUUCCGGACGAUGACCGUUCAUUAAUAAACUUGCAUCUCAUGCACACCAGUUACUUCCUCUUUGUGAUGGUGAUAACAAUGUUUUGCUAUGCUGUUAUCAAAGGCAGACCCAGCAAACUGCGUCAGAGCAAUCCCGAAUUUUGUCCUGAGAAGGUGGCUUUGGCUGAAGCCUAAUCCCGCAGCUCCUUGUUUUCGGAGAGAGACUGAGGGAACCGUGAUCAUUGCCUGCUGAACCCAGCCCGGCCUGGACACUCUGUGAAUACGUUAUCUUGCAAUGUUGGGUUAUUCCAGCCAAAGACAUUUCAAGUGCCUGUAACUGAUUUGUACAUAUUUAUAAAAAUCUAUUCAGAAAGUGGUCCAAUGAUGCACGUGCUUUGCACUGGGUGUGGCCAGAACCCUUCAACCUCACCUGUGGACUUGUGGACCGGGGGGAUGUUUCCGUGUAGUGCUAGAGAGAGUUCAUGGAUCUUGCUGCAUUGAAGCAGGGCAUGAUGUUUUUACCAAGGUCACAAGUGCGUGUCAUUGCUGGUGGGGGUGAGGUUUGGUCUGGUUCUUGUUUCAGCCUGAUAUGUGUAGAAUGUUUGAAACAGUCUGCGCCUUUGAUGCACUGCAUUUCCAAAGCCACCAGUCCAUUUUGUGGAUUUUAUGUGUCUGUGGCUUAAUAUUCAUAGUAACAACAAUAAUACCUUUUUCUCCAUUUUGCUUGCAAGGAAACAUACCUAAGUUUGUUUUUUUUUUUUUUUCUUUUUGAAGAAAAAAUAAAAUAGCACAUUUUAAUACUA